AUGGAGCGACACUUUCCAAGCCAAUGCCGCUCGAGCAGCAAGCCAUGGUGGGCUCUUCGGAAGGACACUCACAGCAAGCCGGAGGACACCCCCAACACCGCAGCCGAGGGCACCCAGCCCGCGCCCACCGAGGGAUCCGCCGACACUGCCCCGCCUGCCUCCGACGCGAAGGCCACGGAGGCGCUGCUCCCGUCGCUCACCAUCUGGCCGCCGUCGCAGCGCACGCGCGACACCGUCGUGUGCUACCUCAUGCAGACGCUCGCGGCGCCCAGCGUCCUCUCCCAGCUCUACGGGCUACGGCGCCGCCCCGGAGCCCGAGCCUUGCUUCUCUACGUGCAGAGUGAGAUGCUGCAGGAGUCCAAAUAUUUUGAAGUUCAAGUGGCAAGUGCAGAGUUCGCAGGUAUCAGAAUAUGA